AUGAAUGGAAAGGCAUCGGUCUCCAAAGACCUUAACGAGAAACAUAUCAAGGAAUUAUCCACUGUCUUGCUUAUUAUGCAGGUAUUAGAAGGCCUUGUCAAACUACCACAUAAUAAACAAUGUGCUGAUUGUCAUAACAAAGCACCAAGAUGGGCAAGUGUGAACCUGGGAAUAUUUAUAUGCAUGCAAUGCUCAGGAAUUCAUCGGAGUCUUGGGGUUCAUAUUUCACAGGUGAGAUCAAUAACGUUGGACACAUGGUUGCCGGAGCAUGUUGCUCUUAUGCAAUAUGUAGGAAAUGAGAGAGCCAACAAGUAUUGGGAAGCAGAAUUACCACGGUACUAUGACAAAAGUGGGAUUGAGAAAUUUAUCCAUGACAAGUACGUGCAGAGGAAGUGGGCUUCAAAGAAACUGCCCCAACCAACUACUCAAGCCUUGGGUCGAACCUUAGCAGAUGACUUGACCCUGAAACCGGCCGAGAAGAGGGGAGAAACUACUCCAAGUAAAAACUCUGUGCCAAAGCUACCAAGGAGACAUUCUCUUGACGCAGUCACUUUCACCAAGUACACGGUUGAGACUGACCACGCCCCUGCAGUAAAACCUCGUGCGGCGUCGAUGGAUAUGAAGAGUGACGUGAUCCCGAAAGUGCAGCGUGACACAACGGUAAACAUGAGUAACAAUAAUGCAAGUAGUAGUACAGCAGAUUUACUCAACAUACUUCGUCAUGAUCAAGACAAGGACAAACAGAACUGCAGUCGGAUCACAACAACUACUACUACUAUUCCUUCUAAUUGGGCGACGUUUGAUUGA